CAGUAGUUCACGCCUUAACCCGUGGCAACAAGGAUGCGACAGGCAUAUGGUGCAUUAUUUGGCUGUAAUUUCAGUAUAACAUCAGGAUAAUCAUCAUCUUCAACAACCACAAGAACACGAUGCCAUUUUAAAGAGAUGUCUGGACUUGGAAUUAUAAUUCACUAUAAAUAAACAACGAUAUUAAAACUGACAACUUGGACACAUGUAACGCUGCUGCUUUUAUAUUAUUGGAAAUGAAUUCUUCGGAAACCGCUUCUUUGAAGUUAUGGCGCUAGAGAAUGGCACGCCGGGGUUGAAUCGCAAUCAUUUGCGGACUGCACCCACUCACAUGAGCCAGGAAGCCAGACACGAGCAGCAAAAUGGAGCAGCCCCUGUCUAUCCUGGGAAAUUGGCAAGCCUUCCAAAGUGGCGUUGGGUCGUUCCCUCCAUCAUUGUCCUACUUGUACUGGCAGGAAGUGGGGCUCUAAUCUGGUACUUUCUAGAAUACAGAGUGUGGGUGCUGGAGCCCAGGGUGCAGCAACAGUACUCUGCUAUGGUGACGAUCGUCAACAGAAACUACAGCUCCCAGCUGUCCUCUCGCACCAAUCUGGAGUUCAGGGCAGAGGCCAGGGCAGUGCAGGACAUGGUGAAGAAACUUGUGAAAUCAUCUGAUUUAUCCCGGUACUUCAACUCCACUGCGGUUUUUGCAUUCGGGGAGGGAAGCCUGGUUGCACAUUUUUGGCUCACCCUGUCGGUGCCAAAGAGCCAUGUUGAAAAGGUCACAUUGGAGCGUGUUAGUGGGAGCCUGAUGAGCAGUUUUCUGGUCUACAGCAAGGGGGACAUGGCCAUCAUUCAGGGAUAUCUGAUAUAUCUCCCCACUUUUUCCAUUACAGAAAAUGACGCCAAGGUUAUAGAGCUUUUGAAAGCUUCGUUUGACUGUUACAGGUACCACGUGGUGACAUCCACUUCCCCAGUGGCCCUCAAGGGCCCAAACACUAAGCAUUCCUCCUGCAUCUGGCACUUGAGGGCCCCACCUGCCUCCCAACUGGAGCUGAAGAUGGAGUGGCUGCUGCCAGAGUGCCGGGACCGUCUGGCAGUGUACGACUCCGUAGUCCCGACAGACUCCCGCCUCAUAACCUCUCUUUAUGGGUGCAGUAGACAUGAGCCGGUGGUGAGGUUGCUCUCUUCAGGUGAGUGGAUGACGGUGUUGUGGAAGCAGGGUCUGUACAACUACAAGGACCCAUUCUCCCUCUCUGCCCAGGCCUGGCCCUCCCGCGUGUGCUCAUCUGUUUUUGACCUGCAGCCAGUCCUGGGGGUCCAGGGCAGUUUCCAAACUCCCUACUACCCCAGUUACUACCCUCCUGACACAAACUGUUCCUGGCACUUCAGUGUGCCCUCCAUGGAGUAUGGGCUGAUGUUGCAGUUUGAAGGGUAUGAGCUGAGCAGGGCCAACUACAACCAGCCCUGCACACAGGGACAGUGGAUGGUACAGAACCGCAGGCUGUGUGGGACUCGGAAUCUCCAGUCGUAUGCCGAGCGUCUCUACUUCCUGUCCAACUCCACCAGCAUUACCAUGACAUCAGAGGUGUCCCUCACUGGCCCCGGGCUCCAGGUCCACUACAGCCUGUUCAACCAAUCAGAUCCCUGUCCUGGACAAUUCCUCUGCACUGUCAAUGGGCUGUGUGUCCCGGCGUGUGACGGGAUCAACGACUGUCCCAACGGCUUGGACGAGAGGAACUGCGUGUGUGUUGCCCAGUACCAGUGUCCAGAGGACAGCCAGUGUGUGGACUAUUUCAAAGUGUGCGAUAACCAUCCAGACUGUGAGCAGGGCAUGGAUGAGGCAAACUGCACUGAAGGUGUGGAGUGCACUGAGAUGACCUAUGUCUGCGCUGACGGGACUUGUAUCAAGAAGCCGAACCCGGAGUGUGACCUCGUCAUUGACUGCCCUGACAAGUCUGACGAGAACCAAUGCAACUGCGGGCUGCGUCAGUUCUCCAGCCGCGUUGUGGGCGGUCUGGACGCCAGCGAGGGGGAGUGGCCCUGGCAGGCCAGCCUGCAGGUCAGCGGUCAGCACAUCUGCGGGGGCGUGCUCAUCUCCAGCCAGUGGGUGAUCUCGGCCGCGCACUGUUUCUAUGACGACCGGCUGUACUCCCCCAGCCUGUGGACAGUGUACCUGGGGAAGCUCUGGCUCAACCGCACCAGCCAGACGGAGGAGGCCAUCAGGGUCACCGAGCUGCAGCUGCACCAGUACUACGAUGACGACACGCACGACUACGACCUGGCGCUGCUGAAGCUGGAGCGGCCCGUCUCGGCCGGGACCCUGGCCCAGCCCGCCUGUCUGCCGUCCCCCACGCACCUGUUAGAGCCCGGCCUUCUCUGCUGGGUGACCGGCUGGGGGGCGCUGAAGGAGGGGGGCUCCAGCAGCAGACUCCUGCAGAAAGUGGCUGUCCCACUCAUCAGCGAGGACGUCUGCAACAAGUCCUACGGCUACAGGAUCACUCCCAGAAUGCUGUGCGCCGGCUUCCAGGACGGCGACAAAGACGCGUGCCAGGGGGACUCGGGCGGGCCCCUGGUAUGUCAGGAGGUCUCCGGCCGCUGGUUCCUGGCGGGUGUGGUCAGCUGGGGCAUAGGCUGCGGCCGGCCCAAUUACUACGGGGUGUACACCCGCAUCACCAAACUGACCGGCUGGAUCCAGGAGCGCACGUCCUCCUGAGGGUGUGGGGGCGCCACUGUGCACCCUAGCCCAGGCUGCAGGGGGCUGUCUGUGUGCAGGAGGGCUCUCCCCUUAGCCACCAAACACGCUACCAUGUACAGGGCUGUGUGGAUCCCAGACUGAUGUACACACAUAAGCACAGACACGCAGGUGCACAUGAACGCAUACACACACAGGUGAUCCACACAGAGAAAGAAUUAAUGCUCCCAACUCUGUUCUCCCAUGUAAUUUAUGCUACUUACACACACACACACACACAGACAUGAACAGACACACACUCACAUACACACAUGCACACACACACACACACACACACACA